CCCCCCCAAGCAUGUCAUACUGUACGAACCGCAUGUUCAUCACAAGUGCUGCCUGCGCUCCGACAACCACCCAACAUCCACGGCACCGUUUGCAAGGAGGAUAAAGACCAGCCUGCUUCGCGUAAACGCAACUCAGAAUUCGCAACCAGAAGAUAAAACAUAGACCGGGGACCGUUUUUUCUCUUCAGCACGCCAGGAGAGUUGGGAGAUCUGCAGGUAAUCGCAGUGUUCCUCCGACGACAUUUGGCCGACAUGCUGGGGAUCUGUGUGUGUCUUUGUGCGGUUUUCACGCAUGUUCUCUCUCAGGAGGCUGAGGAGCCCGUCUCCUACACAUGCACAGAAGGGUAUGAGUAUGACAGAGUCAGAGAGCAGUGCAGAGAUAUCGAUGAGUGUGCCUUGCUGGACGAUGCCUGCAAAGGAGGGAUGCAGUGUAUCAACCACUUUGGUGGGUACCUCUGCCUCCCCAAGAGUGCCGUCAUCUACAUCAGCAAGGAGGGCGAGCAGGUGCAACUGCCGGAGCCCGUCCCUCCGGUCCCCCCCGUCCCCCCCCUCCAGCCGAGCCAGCACCAGCCACCACAGGUGUUGCCUGGUGGCCCAAGAGUCCCCGGGCCCACCCGGACUAUUCGCUGCACACCUGGAUUCACCGCAGAUGAACAGAACCUCUGCAGAGACAUAGAUGAAUGCGCGACAGGUAGACACACUUGCGGCCCUGACCAGACAUGCUACAACACCAGAGGCUCCUACACCUGCCAGUGUCCUCAGGGCUACCAGAGGAACGGAGACCACUGUGUGGACAGAGACGAGUGUGCCUUGACCCACUACUGCAUGCACAGAUGUGUGAACACCCAGGGCUCAUACUACUGUGAGUGCAAUGCAGGACACAAGUUGGCCAGCAACAACCACAGCUGUGUUGAUGUGAACGAGUGUGACGUGCAGAGUCCCUGUCAACACCACUGCUACAACCUGAUUGGCUCCUUCCUCUGCCAGUGUGACCAGGGCUACGAGCUAGCACAAGACAUGGUCUCAUGCCAAGAUAUUGACGAAUGCAGCUUCUCUAGCUACAUGUGUCAGUACCAGUGUAUUAACAGCCCAGGAAGUUACUCCUGUGAGUGUCCAGAGGGAUAUCAGCUCCAGGGAAACAGGUUGUGUCAAGACAUAAAUGAAUGUGAGACGGGGACCCAUAACUGCCAAGAUGAUGAAAUGUGCUGGAACUAUUACGGAGGCUUCCGCUGCUAUCCCAGAAACCCCUGCGAGGCGCCUUAUGCCAAAACCUCUGAAAAUCGCUGUAUCUGCCGGUCUCAGGCUGAGUGCCAGGGUCUCCCUCCAUCAAUUGUCUACAAAUACAUGAGCAUCCAGGCCGACCGGACUGUGCCAGCAGACAUCUUCCAGAUUCAGGCCACCAACAUCUAUGCUAACACACACAACACCUUCAGGAUCAAAGCUGGGAAUGAGGGAGGAGAGUUUUUCCUGCGGCGUUCCAGCAACGUGAGCGCCAUGCUGGUGCUAACCAAGCCUCUGACUGGCCCUAGGGAGUACAUCGUGGACCUGGAGAUGAUCACUCACCAUCUGACCAUGAACUACCGCUCCAGCUCACUGCUGCGGCUCACCAUCAUAGUCGGGCCCUAUGCUUUCUGAGCACCGCAAUUCCCAGCAGCCCACAUAAGCCUGGUUCAGCAAACAUAGCAGUGUAGCACAGCAGAUGCCUGUAUCAGCAUAAAAUACUGUACAUUUUCUUACAAUACAUGCAUACAACAUAUAACAUAGGCUGUCCCAGACUCAAUAGGCUUGCUCAAGGUAGACCAGUCCAUGCUGUAAUGUGACCACUGGGCAUCUUUUUCUCUCAAGGAGGUUCAACAUCAGCACUUAAUCACCAAUACAUUUUUCAUCUUUAAUGGUGAAACAUUUUGGACUUUAAGUGCCUGAAGUGGACAUAAGAAAAGAUGCUGUAUGCAGCAUUUUCACCUCCACUGGUUGCUUCUUUUAAACAAACAAACAAACAAACAAAAAAACCCAAAUGGGAACAGAACAGUGGCGCUCAGGAAAAGAGGCCCAGUGGACACACACCCUAACUGUGAUGAAUUUUUGAUGCAGCUGAACCCACAUUUAUCACUUUGUUCAGACCAGAACUGCUUACAAUAACUUGUUUGAGCAUCAGUGAAGCACUCUGUUGUGAGAAAGAGAGGGGAAAAAAACAUAUUUUCUAUAUUAAUGUUCAUGACAAAUAUCAAGUAUGAGCAUCUUUUGAUACAAAAGUAACUUGUAAAUCACAGCUUUUGUUGAUAAAUGUUGUAGGGGUUAGUACUGCUGCGCCACGCUAUUCGUGCAAGUUUCUGUAUAGUUUUACUCAUGAGUAAUAAUUUCCAGAGAAGUCCAGAACAGUUCAGAAGUGUAAAGGGAGGGAAUUUGCCUGUGAGUUGAGAGAGUGCUAAACUUUGCAUGACAACAGGCUUCAUGAUCGUAGACUUUACUCACAGAAGUUAAGUCAUGUACAUACCUAGGUAACAAAUCUGUGUGUAUACGUGUGUGUGUGUAAGUGUAUGUGUGUUUGUGUGCGUGGAUGCUUGUGUGAGAGUGUGUGUUUGUGUGUGCCUGGCUUUGUUGAUGCAUGCAAGCAAGUGAAAGUGUGAAACACAGAGGGAGAGAAAGGGAAAGAGUGAGAAAGAACUUGUUCUCUGCCCCAGGUUCAGUGGAUGUGGUUGAGCUGUUUAUGCGUUUCUUUGAUGCCAUCCUAACAGCCCUCGGUCACAGAGGCAAUAACAGAGAUUUUUGAACUCGAAUACACGCACAGGAAAUGACGGCUUUUGUAACACACCUUGGCCAAUCGACCGCUCGUUGGUGCCGCGGCGAUCCUCCUGAGGAACAGCUGGGCUUUCUAAUGUCGGUCCCAGUCAAGAAGUCACACUGGCACCGGGCUGGCUUGCGUGAUAAAGAUAAUUACAGUGCUUUGCCGCGUAGCUGGUUCAUGUGUGAAAUGGGAUUAUUAAAGUGUUAAUACAAUGCCACCACACUUUUGGCAGAAUGAGAAAUCUUUCACUACCUGCUUUUGCCUUUCGUGACUCCACGUGUCUGCUCUGGCUUAUUGCUGAAACACUGUACACUGUAAACACACUGCACUGAAAACCACAUUGAAAACCAACAUGUUGUCACCACUCUCUAAGUGUAGAAGGUUAUCCAUCUUUGCCCAAAUAGUUUUUCGUGUGGUUUCAGCAGUGAUCAUGCCAUAGUGCCUUAGAGGUCUAAACACAAAAAAUGUAACACUAAUCAGUCAUGCUGUCAAGACUGUUAAUCAUUGAAAUGCCUUAAUGUUUUUCUCUUCUAUUUAAAUAUAUAUUUUGUCAUAUGUAUCUUAUAUUGAUUGUACUCUGAAGAGCAAAAGUUAUAUUGUUGAAUAAAAUAUGAUGGAGAAAUGGGA